GCUUUAUUUAUGCAUUCUUGAUGAUAUCAUUGGCGCUUUUCUUAUUUUUGUAAGGAGGGCACCUGAGUUCCUUAAAUCAGCUAUUUAUUUCACUUUUGUGUACCACAAUAUGACAAAUUUUAGGCAGGAGGAUAGUGGAUUAGUGGUUAAGAAAUGAGGAAGGUAUGGGUGCGAUUAUUUAAUAUAUUACAGUUGCUCUUCAACAGCUCUUUGAGAUGGGCUGCAUAGCAUCCCUUAAUUUGUUUGCCUCUCUUUUUCUAAGAUCUUGCUCUUGGAUGUCUAGGAGAGUGCAGUAAGAAGAAGAGAGGAGGUGGGUGAGUAAUGAGGAAUGCAUGGAUGGUGCUAAUAAAUUUAACUACUUGCAUCAGAAAUAGAUGAUUUAGUUGCAUGCAAGCAUGUGAAUCUUCCCUGCUUACCUAAUUAAUGAGGCUGAUCAAGAAGGCAUUUUCUCCACCUGAUCCAACUGUAAAAUACUGGUGCAGUGAUUGGCCUUUAGUGGAUUUCACCCUAUUAAUACGUUUGGUUGAAUGCUCUCUCUUUGAACUUUGACAAAAAGUACCAUCUUUUUAACAUACAUUAUGCGCUGCUAUUUGCCAUUACUUGUAGAUAUGGAAAUGCGGCUAAGUCUAGCUGUAUUCUUUCUAAUUAGUUGUAGUCACAUGUUGAAUCACUUCAUUGUGCAUGCUGAAGUCUUCAUGGUUCUCAUGGAGGGUGAUUCCUUUGUCUCAAGGACUAGUUACCAGGGCAGCUCCAGAACUUGUGCACUUUGCAGGAAUUACGAUGACAUUAAAGUACACAAAGAAAUGAUAGAUAAACAGCAUGAUGUUUUAUUGGAGACCCUGCUGGAUUCCGGUUCAUACACCAAGCUCUACAGCUACAGUCAUUUGCUCAAUGGAUUUGCCAUCCAUGUCACAUCCAAAAAGGCUGUUGAAUCUCUUCGUAAUGCAACAGGAGUAAGGGCUAUUCAUGAAGAUAUGAAGAUGGAGAAGCUUACCACUCAUACACCUGAUUAUCUAGGAAUUCCUACUGGUGUUUGGCCAUCUUUAGGUGGUGCGAGGAGUUCUGGUGAAGGCAUGGUGAUAGGCUUGAUUGACACUGGAAUUAAUCCUAACCACCCAAGUUUUUCCAAUCUACCAUCGUUGAGAACUAAGGGUUCUAUGGAUGAUUAUAGUACCAGGUUUAAAGGGAAAUGUUCCUCUGGUGAGAGGUUUCCCUUUACUGCUUGCAACGGCAAGAUAGUUGGGGCGCAGUAUUUUGCGCGUGCUGCCAUUGCCGCUGGUGACUUUAAUGCUACACGUGAUUAUGCCUCCCCUUAUGAUGCUGAUGGUCAUGGAAGCCAUACAGCAUCAACAGCUGCUGGUAACUAUGAAACACCGGUAAUUGUCAAUGGCUUCAACUAUGGGAAUGCGAGUGGCAUGGCUCCAGGAGCUAGCAUUGCUGUCUACAAGGCUCUUUAUACAUUUGGAGGCUAUAUGUCAGAUGUUGUAGCAGCUGUUGAUCAGGCUGUGGAAGAUGGAGUCGACGUACUAAGCCUCUCCGUUGGACCUUCUAGUGUUCCACCUGGGCCUUCUGCCUUCCUUAAUGUUCUAGAAAUGGAACUAUUGUUUGCUACAAAAGCUGGUGUUGUUGUAAUUCAAGCUGCUGGUAAUGGUGGUCCUUCUUCUAGUUCAAUUCUAUCUUUUAGCCCAUGGAUUACGACUGUCGCUGCCUCCAUCAUUGAUCGCAAAUACAACUCCUCCAUCGUGUUGGGCAACGGACACAGCUUAUCUGGAAUGGGCCUUGCACCUCCUACACCAGGAGAAGCUCUUUUUCCCAUUGCUUCUGCAGCUGAUGUCAGUCGCCACAACGCUAGCAUUGGUCUCCUUGAAAGCUGCCAAACUCCCGAUGUUUUUAUCCCAUCUCUGGUUCGCGGGAAACUUGUUAUUUGCACAUAUACUUUUGAUUUUGAAUUUGACUCUGCAAGUAUAAUUAGAGUUGCUGAAACAAUCCGUACUGCCGGGGCUGCUGGAUUUGUAAUGACAAUGGACCCUGAUGUUGGUUCUGAGGAAAUCAAGGGAACCACAGUUACUCUAGGAGUGCCUGGAAUUGUCCUAAACAACUUACAAGCUUCUACGGCCCUUUGGCAGUACUACAACUCAAGGACAUAUAGAGGUAGAACAGGCAGAGUGCUUGCUUUCGGUGCAACAGCCAGAAUUUUGGAUGGCAGACAGGCAAUAUACACUGGGCAAGCACCAAUUGUCGCUUCCUACUCAUCAAGAGGACCUGAUGUGAACAACGCACUUCUACAAACAGCCGAUGUUCUGAAACCAACUAUAAUGGCUCCAGGUUCUUCUAUCUGGGCUGCCUGGAGUCCAGACAGUGAGGGAGAUCAUUAUGCAAAAGGGCAAAAUUUUGCACUUGUAUCAGGUACAAGCAUGGCCACUCCUCAUGUAGCUGGUAUUGCUGCAUUAAUCAAGCACAGACACCCUAACUGGAAGCCAUCUGCUAUAAUCUCAGCAAUGAUGACAACAACAGAUAUAUCAGAUAAAGCUGGCAAUCCCAUCAUGGCACAAAAGACCAACCAGAUAGCACCAGGCACUCCUUUCGAUUAUGGAGCUGGAUCCAUCAACCCUACUCGUGCUGUUGACCCUGGGAUUGUAUUCAUUGCCAAAUUUAAGAAUUACGUACAGUUUCUUUGUGCUGUGCCCGGGGUUGAUGAUGAGUCUGUGAGGCGGGCAGUUGGUGUUGGGUGCCCACCUAAGAAAGGAGGUUGGUGCUCGGACCUGAAUACCCCUACUAUAACAAUCUCAAAUUUAGUGGGUUCAAGGAAAGUAGUCAGGGUGGUAUCAAAUGUAGGGGAAGAAUCUGAGACCUACACUGUCACUGUGAGGCCACCAAUGGGUGUGAGAGUCAAGGUUUCGCCAAAAAGCUUUACUGUUAGUCACAAUGCUACACGGCAGCUGAAGAUCGUGCUCGAAGCAACAGAUGCAACUAAUAACUACAGCUUUGGUGAGAUGUUACUGCGAGGAGACAAAGGCCAUCUAGCUCGAGUUCCAAUCACCGUGCUUGUAAGCAGUGUACUUGGUAACGGGUCUUAAAGUCCUCGUCAUUAGCUCAUCAUAGAACUAGAAUAAGAAAACUAGGCUAAUAGUAUUUCUUUCAAUCAUAUAGAGAAUUUUAUUUUGCCUCAAGGAUUUGGUAUUUUGGUUGCUCUUUAAAUUUUAUGAGUAAUUUUUUUUAGCUAAUCAUUGGUUAAAGCCCACUUGGUGCUCGAUCCUGUAUCUUAAAAUUCUUGUAUACACAUUUCUGGAAAAGGAUAAAAGAAGUUAGCAAAUGACAUAUUUCUAUUUGAACAAGAAGAACGUGAUCUAACGAUUACAUAAUCAUUACAUUUGGGUGCA